AUGACGCCCGAUCAGGAAGACGAGCGCCUAUUCGUGGGCGAAAUUUCUGGCAGGUUCCACCGCAUUCGACCCGUCCGUUUUAAUCCUCCCUCCCUUCGUUCGGUCUUUACUCAUCUCUGUCCUUCUUACCACUCACUCUCAUCUCCACUACUCACCCCAUACCCGACGAUGGUGAAGGAAACCAAAUACUACGACCUGCUAGACGCAUCCUCAGGUGCUUCAGAAGCCGACUUGAAGAAGGCGUAUCGCAAAAAGGCCUUGCGCUUGCACCCCGACAAGGGCGGGGAUCCCGAGCUUUUCAAAGAAGUGACACAUGCAUAUGAAAUUCUUGCAGAUCCACAGAAGCGAAGCAUAUAUGAUGCACGGGGAGAGGCGGGUUUGUCGGAGUCGGGAGGAAUGGGCGGGAUGGAUCCACAGGAUCUGUUCAGCCAAUUGUUCGGCGGCGGCGGUUUCUUCGGUGGCGGGCCAUCACGAAACCCCGGUCCUCGCAAAACGAAGGAUCUUGUGCACCGUGUACAUGUCACGCUCGAGGACCUCUACAAGGGCAAGACGUCGAAGCUCGCGCUCACUCGCAACGUGAUCUGCAGCAAGUGCAACGGCAAAGGCGGAAAGGAAGGCGCCGUGCAGACGUGUACUUCAUGUAACGGCAACGGUGUCAAGAUCACGCUCCGCCAGAUGGGCCCGAUGAUCCAGCAGAUCCAGCAAUCGUGCGACAACUGCAACGGCACGGGCGAGAUGAUCAACCAGAAAGACAAGUGCAAGACGUGCAAUGGGAAGAAGGUCGUCUCCGAGAAGAAGAUGCUCGAGGUGCACAUUGACAAAGGCAUGAAGGGUGGCCAGACUAUCACGUUCAGAGGCGAGAGUGACCAGGCGCCGGGCAUCACCCCGGGCGAUGUCAUCAUUGUGAUUGAGGAGAAACAACAUGAGCGGUUCAAGCGGCAGGAUAACGACCUGUUCUACGAGCACGAGGUGGACUUGUUGACUGCAUUGGCUGGCGGCCAGUUUGCGAUCAAGCAUUUAGACGAUCGGGCACUUAUUGUCAAGAUCGCGCCUGGAGAAGUCAUCAAACACGACGACCUGAAGGUGAUUCAGGGACAAGGGAUGCCAUCGCAGCGACACCACGAGCCUGGCGACAUGUUUGUGCACUUCACCGUCAAAUUCCCCGACCACAUUGACCCAGAGGUGAUCCCGUUGCUUGAACGCGUGCUGCCACCGCGGGCGGCGAUGGAGAAGUUGCCGAAGAGCAUGAUGCAGGAGGAGGUGGAGCUGAUGCAGGUGGACCAGCGACAACGGGUGCGGGCAAGUGGUGGAGAGCCGAUGGACGAGGAUGAGGGGGAGCCCCGGGUGCAGUGUGCGAACCAAUGA